GGUUGGCUAGUGAGUCUGUAGAGAAGCAAGACAUUGCUCUGAGCACAGGGGAUCAGUAGCCUAUGCUGUAGUAAAAUGACUCGGAGUAGAGUUAUAUAGCUAGAGCCUACGGCAGUUCGUGGAAUAGAUACAGACGUCAAUAUGGUAGACGAGCCUUGUUUUUUGGGACAACGCCGCAUUGGCAUGAGAAUCCUGUAACGUUUCCUCUACUGGACCGGCAUCUCAGUAAGCUUCUCUUGUGAUAUGUAUAACUUUGGGUUGACUCGGGAUUCUGUUUCAGAUAAAAAAAAGAUAAAUAUUCCAAUGCAAGGUACGCAAUGUGCACAAACAACUUAGAGCCAAGGGAUACCAGCUUGAGAUCACCUGUAUCAUUCACAAAGGCACUUGCUUAGAAUAUCUGCUAGAGAUCAGCAGCACAUGUUAAUAGAGCUUGAUUCUAAUAAGACUGUACAGUAGAUGCUGUUAUAUUCAUGACUCUAAUCACUCUGGUCUCAAUUCUGUCACGCAAUCGGCCGAUAGGGAAUGGCUUUCGUCCCGAUAUACCGAUAAAGUCCAGCCCAGCCUAGCAACCUAGUGCUAAUAACCUACCUAACCUAUAAAGGGACUAAGUCAAAACAAGACCAGGGAGGCCUACCUAUGUAGAAGGGAGCAGCCCGGAGAGUCAGCACUGCCUCAGUCAGUACACGUUAACGUCCUAACCUACAGACUAGAUCACUCGAUGGCCUGUUGUAGACGGUAUCUUGAGUUGGGAGUCGAAGACACAAGACUGACUUUGGAUAAGGCUGGGUAAAAGGCAAUAUGUAUUUUUUAUCUUUUACUUGUCUUUUGCUGCCCCAGCUCUGAGACGCUAGAGACCACUCCCAGGGUCAAGGUGAUGCAUCGAAGGAACUCUCUGCUUCCUUGGCUAGCACCCUAACUGGUAAGGUUACUGAUGAGUUUAAGGUGCGGUACCUAUCUUUGGGUACUAUGUAAGGCAAGUACCUACGGAGUAUGUGCCCAGGGGAUGGAUACGCUUCUCUGCGUGUUCUAUCUUGCUUCCAUUUCCAAUAAACAGGUCUUAUUGAGCACUUCACUGAAAUGAUUGGAUCGUCUAUUCUUGUCACUGAAACAGCUUCCCUUUCCGUGCAAUCCGCCGCCAUUACAGUAUUGUACUACGGAUAUGGGCAUACUAGAUACGACUAUCAUUACCUACCUUAACCUACUAACUUACCUACCCAAAUGUUGAAUGGAGGUAGGUAGACGCGUCCACAGCAUUUCCCCAAGUCCAUUCCGUCCCAUCCCGCGUUCAGUCCACUUCUUUCCCCUCAAACUUCUCCCCUCUAAUAAUGUAAUAAACGCUCAAAAAAAUAAAGGCUGACAACCAUGUCAUGUCAUGUUCCAUCUCAUCUCGUGUUCAACCCAACCUAACCAAUGUUCCGUCUUCUGUCAAUGUCCUGAAACUGGCAACUCCCCCGCCACUACCUACCGCCACCGCCGUCUCCUCCCUUCUGACUCGUCGCCUACCCUCAUCAGAGACGUUUAGAGUCAACUCAUUUUGACAUACCUUAGCUAGAACCCGAUACUGUUCCGGCUGCAUUGCGGAAUGUGUCCGGUGCUCCUUCCCGUACCUCACUAAACCAAUAUACUAUUCACCGAAAUAACCUCGUCUCGGUCCGAGAAAGGGCGGGACCCUCGAAAAACGCAAAGGCCCAAGUCGCCGAGAAGACAGCAAUAACCCAGCCGUUGCACAGAGAGAGGGAGGGAGAGAGGCAGCGCACACAGCGAGCCUACAGCCUACCUAGAACGAAGUCGAAACAAAGCCAUCGGGCUAGGAUCAAAAGUGCCUCCCAGAUUUCGACCCCGUCUCCGCCUUCUCAAUCCCCAUCCCAAUCCACGUUUCCAUCUCCAUCUCAAUACUCUUCAGCAGCGUUCAUCCAGGAGUUUAAUAUCGUUUUCUUCUUUGUUAUCUUCUUGCUUCCCCCGGCACGAGCAAGUAGCCCUAAGCCAUGACGACUGACCCGUUUUCGGGCUCUUCUCGGCCUGGAACCCCAUCUGCAUCUGCCGCUGUCGGUGAAGCCCCUAUCGUCCCUUCUGUGGAGGCUCAGCACCUAGCCCGCUUCGAGUUCAGCGAUGCUGGUACAAAGGUUCUGAUGGUGGAGUGGUAUCCCGAUGCCGUUCCGGGCCCCGCUGCAUCUGCCAAUUCUCCUGCCGACACCCCCGGUGAACAAUCCGCUCCGGCUGCCGAUCGCAUCUCCGCAACGGAGCCGGCUUCGGCCUCUCCUCCGGUGGACAGCAUCAACAGAGCAUGCUGGCAAGUGUCGUGGCCCGGGAAAUCUACUAACCUCCCUGCUACUGAUCUUGAGCCAGACUCUGGUGCAGGCACUGCUCCUGCGGCUUCAUCUCGCCAACGGCGUCGCCGUGUGUUCUUCCUGCUCCCCGCUGAUGCCACGGUCCCCCCGACCAUCACUAUCACGCCGCCUGGCUCACCUAGUCUGACCCUCAAACCACUUCCGGCCAUCUUCCCACCAGGCCUUGCCGCUGAUCCAGGCAACCGGGGAGUCCUGCACACACUAUGGGCUCGCCAACGCCUGGCAGCCAUAGAUCGGGAGGUAGCCGACGAGCUUCGCAAUAAUGCUGAGGGAGUAGGUGUUGAGAUGGCCCUCGCCGAGAGGCAAUGGAUUCUCGACACAUUCAUCAACACGCCGCAACUUCCCAGUGAUUCCAUCCCUCUUCCUGUAGCCACUCGUUCACCUACGGGUCGCUUGGGGGACAAGCUCAAAGGUCUCAAGCUGGCCACAUCACCUGCUGAUCUAACACCGAGCACGACAGCGAACACCUUUAUGAGUCCCAUUAGCCAAUCUCAUCCGUUUCAACCCAGAGGGCGUGAUAUCGCUGUGUCGUCCCAUGAGGCCAUGGCCAGCAACGCAUCUAAAGGUCCCAUAUCGCUGAAUGCUGCACUACAUGGCGACGUGACAACAGCUGCCUCGGCCCCUGUGAGACCUUUACGGCGAGAUGACGACGACGAUCUGUUUGCUCUGCCCAUGAGCCCACGUAGCCCAGAUAUGAAGAAGAGUCCUUUCAGCGCGCUAUGACAGGAAGACGCUAGCUUUGUCUUUUUUUAUUAAUCAUGGCGCCAUUGAAGAGGAUUAGCAGGUUUGUGCGACUUUCAAAGUCAGUAACAUAGAUACCCAUAUUGGAUAAACGAGCGUUGGUGAUAGUGAGCAGUAUUCAAUGGCAUAUCCGUCCCAGCUAUAUCGCAUGUAACAGUUUGUCGUGUUACAAAAUCGAUGUCUAACCUCAAAGGGGACGAAUCUGGGGUAAUCGUCUACAAGGCUGAAGCAAAUGUCCAGCAUAUGAUUCUCGUCGUGAUUCGUGAGUGUCGGUGAUCUACACCAGUUAAGACCGGAGACCUG